AUGGCAGACGCGGCGCCCGCCGAGCCGGGGCCGGAGCCCCAGUGCGAACCGGAGCCCCGCGGCGAGCCCGAGCCGCGGCCGGAGCCCCAGCCCGAGCGGGAGCCCGAGCGCGGCGACGCGCCGGCGGCGGACGGCGAGGCCGGGCGGCUGCCGCCCCCCGGGGCGGAGGAGGCGGCAGCGGAGGGCGCGGGCGGCGCCGAGGGGCGGCCGGCGGCGGGCGGAGCGGCGCGUCCCGGCCUGGGCCCGCGGUACCGGUCGUCGGUGGGUCGCGCCGAGGAGUGGCCGGUGAAGAAGAAGCACCGGCGGCGGCCGUCGAAGAAGAAGCGGCGCUGGAAGCCCUACUCGAAGCUGAGCUGGGAGGAGAAGCAGCAGUUCGACGAGCGGCAGAGCCUCCGCGCCUCCCGGCUGCGCGCCGAGAUGUUCGCCAAGGGGCAGCCGGUGGCUCCCUACAACACCACCCAGUUCCUGAUGGAGGACCACGACCAGGAGGAGCCCGACCUGAAAACCGGCCUGUACCCGCGGCGGGCGGCCGCCAAGUCGGACGACACGAGCGAGGAGGAUUUCCUGGAGGAGGCGGCGGAGGAGGACGGGGGCAGCGACGGGAUGGGGGGGGACGGCAGCGAGUUUCUGCAGCGGGACUUCUCGGAGACCUACGAGCGGUACCAUGUGGAGAGCCUGCAGAACAUGAGCAAGCAGGAGCUGGUGAAGGAGUACCUGGAGCUGGAGAAGUGCCUCUCCCGUAUGGAGGAGGAGAACAACCGCCUGAGGAUGGAGAGCAAAAAGCACGGGGGGGAGGCGGCGGAGACGGCGCGGGUGCGGCAGCUGGAGCUGGAGGUGGACAGGUUGCGAGCCGAGAACCUGCAGCUGCUGCGGGAGAAGGGCCCCCCCGGGCCCGAGAAAGGCCCCUGCAAGCUGGGGGAGUGACACUGGGGGCGGGGGGGGGCUUUUUACAGUGCGGGGUGUAACGUUCUAUACAUUGUACAGAGGCGCCGCCGACCCUUUUUAACGGGAAUAAAGCGCAGCCGGGAGCGGGGGCCCGGCGCUGCCCAGGGCUUCCCCCCUCCCGAGGUGGCUGUGGGGGGCGAGGGGGGGGGUUGAUGUGUCGGUGAUACUUGGUUCAUGAUUUUAUUUUAUUUUUGUGUCUAAACCAAAAAAAAAAAAAAAAAGGUCCCCAGGAAAGCUGUAAAUUGGCCAAAACUGACUAUAAAAAAAUUAUAGAGGUCUAAUAAAUUUAAUUACUUGUAACUGUAACAGUUUUGGUGUGAUUUCUAGAAAAUAUUCAGAAUGGCAUUCCUGAAGGGAAUAUGUUUUGAAUUAUUUUCAUGAUAAAUGGGUCUAUGGUGUUGCGUGAUCAAAAUUAGCUGUACUUUCCCACUUAACCCUUUUUUUGUUAUUGUUUUCCCCCACUACUUUUAAAUUCUAGUCCUGCUCCAUGAGCUGAAGUAGUUAAAAUACCUGGAAGAGGGCGAACAGCUCCUAAUAUCAUUUGUAUAAUGGAUGCUACUUACACCUAUCCUGUGUAUUAAUAAGCUGAAGUGUAUUUGUUUGCCUAAAGGCUCAGUUAAACUCUGUUUCCUCCCCGGUCCAUAGGAACCCGGGUCAGUUAACAGAAAUCAGGGCAAAAACUGCCUAAAAAGGUACUUCAAGCUGCAAGUGAGGGGAAAAAACUUCAAGUUUUGGAGCAGCCCGGGGAAAAGUUUUGGUAGUCAGCACUUGCCUCCGAAAUGGCUGACGAGGAGGGAGCAGUGGAAGGGGAACGCAACGGCUGAACCCUUCGCCUCCCUCCUGCUGUACCUGAGAGGGGACAGAGGAGGACAAAAGCGG